AUGCAAGCCAUUACCUGUUUUGUAUUACUGUUGCUGUUAGCAGUGGCAGUAGGAGAAACAGAAAUCGAUGCUCUUCUCGAGCUCAAAAAGGGAAUUCGGACGGAUAAUCCGGGGAAAAUUCUCGUUUCAUGGGAUUAUAAGGCAUUAACAUCGGAUGGUUGUCCUAAGGACUGGUACGGUAUCGCCUGUAGUAAUGGCCACGUGACUUCAAUCACACUGAACGGUUUAGGCCUAGUUGGAGAAUUGAGUUUUCCUGCCAUUUCAAGACUCCAAAUGCUUCGGAACUUAUCUGUGUCCAAUAAUCAGUUGAGUGGCAUUAUCACAAAAGACGUCGGCUCCAUUUCGGCUCUACAAAAUUUGGAUCUUUCACGGAAUUUGUUCACUGGGUCAAUCCCAUCCGAAGUGACCAGUUUAGAAAACUUGGUGCUCGUCAAUUUUUCGUCGAACAAUUUAGAAGGAGAAAUUCCAUCUGGUUUUAAUAGUUUGAAGGUGUUGAAGUAUUUGGAUUUCCACUCUAAUGGUUUCGUAGGAGAUGUCAUGAACCUGUUGGGUCGACUCGGGGCCGUCCAGUAUGUUGACCUUAGCUGCAAUAAAUUUUCAGGGUCUUUGGACAUGGGAAUUGGAGAUCCUGAUUUUAUUUCUUCAGUUAAUUAUUUGAAUAUUAGUUACAAUAGCUUGACUGGGGAGCUGUUUCCGCAUGAUGGAAUUCCGUAUUUCGACAGUUUAGAGGUUUUUGAUGCGAGUGAUAAUCAUUUUACCGGAAAUGUCCCUUCUUUUAGUUUUGUGGUGUCCCUAAGAGAGAUUAGGCUUCACAACAAUAAGUUAACAGGAUCUUUGCCAGAAGGGCUUUUGCAAGAGAGCUCAAUGAUCUUGUCUGAAUUGGAUCUGAGUCAUAAUGAACUUGAAGGGCCUAUCGGAAGCAUAUCUUCCCUUAACUUACGGAAUCUAAAUCUAUCAUCAAAUAGGCUGUCCGGUCCCUUGCCUGUCCGGAUCGGCCACUGCGCAAUCGUCGACCUCAGCAACAACAUGUUCACCGGAAACCUCUCCCGGAUUCAAGGCUGGGGAAAUUACGUCGAGAUUAUCGAUUUAAGCUCCAACCAACUCACCGGCACCUUGCCAAACCAAACCUCUCAGUUCUUGAGGCUCGUCUCAAUAAAAAUCUCCAACAACUCACUACAAGGCGCCCUGCCACCUGUACUAGCCACAUACCCGGAACUCAAGUCGAUCGAUCUCAGCCUUAACAACCUGACCGGGCUCCUCCUUCCUGCCCUUUUCAACUCGACAAAGUUGACCGAUAUUAACCUUUCUCAUAACGAUUUUUCCGGUACAAUACUUAUUAAUUCAUCCGUCAUGCAGAAUUACAGCCUUACAUCUCUCAACCUGUCACGUAAUGCACUUAUGGGUCAAUUGCCUCCCGAACUUGGCAUUUUUCACAAUAUUGUGCUUCUAGACCUUUCUGACAACAAUUUUGAAGGUACUAUUCCCGAUGGCCUUCCGGACACAUUGACAGUAUUCAAUGCAUCUUAUAAUAAUCUCUCUGGAGUCAUCCCCAAAAGCUUGCAGAGGUUUCCAUCUUCAUCUUUCCAUCCGGGGAAUAACUUGCUUGUCAUUCCCAAUGAGGGCCCCCCAUCAAAGGGCGGUGAUGACCUUGUACUGAGAAGACAUGGGGGCAGGAUGAAAUCCGCAAUGAGGGCAGCCCUUAUAGCAGGUGUGGUUGGAGGCGUGUGUGUGAUUGCUAUCUUGGCAAUGCUGAUCUAUUGCAGAGUACAUGGAUAUGGAGGGAAGGCGAAGGACUCGGUUAAAAAUGGUGGAAAGCAAGUUUCAUCUCCCCGCCCAAGUCAUUCUGCCGAUAACCAACCAUCAACUUCUCAAAACACCAAAGACCUUGCCCAACCGGACUUGGCACCAUCGACAGCCGAAGCUGCAGCUCCAUCCGUACCAAUCACAUCCGAAAACCCUAGUGUAUUACGGGUUUGUUCGCCCGACAAGUUGGCAGGAGACUUACAUUUGUUUGACAGCUCAUUGAGAUUCAGUUCUGAGGAGCUCUCUUCGGCCCCGGCGGAGGCGGUCGGGAUGAGCUGUCAUGGGACACUUUACAAAGCUGUUCUCCCGUCGGGUUGUUUGCUGGCGGUCAAGCUGCUGAAAGAAGGAAUCGCCAAAGGAAGGAAGGAGUUUGCUCGUGAGGCAAAAAAGCUUGGGAAUAUCAGGCACCCGAACUUGGUCACACUACAAGGGUUCUAUUGGGGUCCCAAGGAGCAUGAGAAGCUCAUCAUAUCCAUAUUUGUUGAUGCACCGUGUUUGGCUCUCUAUCUUCAUGGGCCAGACCCCACAGCCACAAUCCCGCCUCUGACCCUUCCUGACCGGCUAAAAGUCGCUAUCGAUGUAGCUUGCUGCCUCACCUACCUACACACCGACGUUUCAAUCCCCCACGGCAACCUCAAAUCCACCAACAUACUAAUCCAAAUCCCGGACAUAAAAGCCCUCCUCACCGACUACAGCCUUCAUCGCCUGCUGACAUCAGCUGGCACGGCCGAGCAGGUCCUCAAUGCCGGUGCCCUUGGUUAUCUGCCGCCCGAGUUCACGAGCACGGCCAAACCCUGCCCUUCUCUCAAGAGUGAUGUCUAUGCUUUUGGGGUCGUUGUUUUGGAGCUCCUCACUGGAAGGAGCUCGGCCGACAUUAUCCCAGGGAAUCCGGAUGUGGUGGAUCUUUCCGAGUGGGUGAGCUUGAUGGCCACUGAAAACCGGGCUGUCGAGUGUCUGGACCCUCGGGUUUUAGGGCCCGCGGGUUUGCCUGACGGGCUUGAGGAUUUUCUUCGUAUUGGGCUCAGGUGUGUGCUCCCGGCGGACGAGAGGCCCGACAUGAGAGUGGUUUUCGAGGAGCUUUCAUCGAUAGUCCUGUGA